AUGGUGAAUCUGGAACCCAUGCACCCAGAUAUCAAGAUGAGUGGGGACACGGCACAUUCUACAGUUGCUCGAAGUGCUCUCAGCCAGGUGGAGACAGGAAAUGAUCGAAACGGCUUAGAUUUCAACAGGCAGAUUAAAACCGAGGACCUCAGUGACUCUCUGCAGCAGACCCUCUCUCAUCGGCCAUGCCACCUGAGUCAAGGACCUGCCAUGAUGCCUGGAAACCAAAUGUCUGGGGUAAAUGGCAGCCCGAGUUGGGAAGCCCCGAUGACAUGGCUUCCCUCCACCCGCUCCAGCAGCUUGUGCUGGUUCCCGGACACCUACAGUCUGUCUCCCAGUUCCUGCUAUCUCAGACCCAGCCUGGGCAGCAAGGUCUGCAGUCAAAUCUUCUCGCCUUUCCACAGCAGCAAAGCUCUCUCCUCCUCCCACAGACGGGGCCUGGCCUGGCUUCCCAGGCAGUUGGGUGCCCUGGGGUGCCAGGAUCCUCUUUAGAACCGCAUCUGGAAGCAUCCCAGCAUCUCCCAGUCCCCAAGCAUCUCCCCAGCUCUGGAGGAGCUGAUGAGCCCAGUGACCUGGAGGAGCUGGAGAAGUUUGCCAAGACCUUCAAGCAGAGGCGCAUUAAGCUGGGCUUCACACAGGGAGACGUGGGUCUGGCGAUGGGAAAGCUGUACGGCAACGACUUCAGCCAGACUACCAUCUCCAGAUUUGAGGCUCUAAAUCUGAGCUUCAAGAACAUGUGCAAGCUCAAGCCGCUGCUGGAGAAGUGGCUGAAUGAUGCAGAAUCCUCUGCAUCAGACCCCUCCGUGAGCACCCCCAGCUCUUACCCCACCCUCAGUGAAGUGUUCGGGAGGAAGAGGAGGAAGCGGACCAGCAUCGAGACCAGCGUCCGCCUGACUCUGGAGAAGAGAUUUCAAGAUAACCCCAAACCCAGCUCAGAGGAGAUCUCCAUGAUUGCAGAGCAGUUGUCCAUGGAGAAGGAGGUGGUGAGGGUCUGGUUCUGCAACCGCCGCCAAAAGGAGAAGCGAAUCAACUGCCCUGUGGCCACACCCAUCAAAUCACCCAUGUACAGUUCCCGGCUGGUGUCUCCCUCUGGGUCUCUGGGGCCCCUCUCUGUCCCUCCUGUCCACAGCACCAUGCCUGGAACAGUAACGUCAUCCUGCCCCUCUGAGAACAACAGCAGGCCUUCGUCUCCUGGCCCAGGACUCCACGCCAGCAGCCCUACUGCAUCUCAGAAUAACUCCAAAGCGGCUGUGAACUCCUCCACCAGUUUUAACUCUUCAGGAUCUUGGUACCGAUGGAAUCAUCCCACCUACCUCCACUGA